AUGACGCUCAAAGGCUUCCUCCAAAAGAAAGACAAGAUAAAGGACGACAGCAUCUCUUCAGCUAACUCCAACACACAACACCAGCGGCAGCAGAAUCCUGAGCGUUUCUACGAACAGGAGCCCUUCCCUCAAGCGCCGGAUCCUCCGCCACCACACCCAGAAUUCAAGUUCAUCCGUACAGACACUGUCUCCGAAGAGCCCAUCCAUCCUCCCAGCUUAGAAGACACAAAUCUCCAAUCCGACCCUUCCUCGCACGCCCACCCCCUUCAUCCAAACUCCCAGUCGCAAUCCCAAUGUCAAUCCGAAUCCCAAUCAACUACAACCUCUUCGCCCUCCACAACCUCGCGCAAACGCUUCUCGCGCUUCCGUCGUCAUUCCAACGUAUCCUCCGCAGCUAGUGGCGAGAACUCUCCCAACAAUGACCGAUCUCCGUCGCGCAGUGAAAAGGACGAACGCCCUCUUUCCCAGCGCCUGCAUCUGAACCGUUCGUCGCGUGCCGCGAGCUUUUCUUCUGGACUGCUCCCCGCAGACCUCCCGCAGAUCGGGCCGGACACGGGUGAUGCGCAAGAACUAGAGGCGCAGUGGGAGAAGCGGGCGACGGUGUUGGUGCAGGGGACCUUGACAGGGAUUGGUGUGAGGUCGGUCAGUCCGCAGCCGCAGGGUGAUAUACAACAGCAGAGGGAAGGUGAUGAAAGUAUCCAAGAAGCGAUUCGAUUACAUGAAACCGGACAGCUCAUCGAAUCAACCCGGAUGUUUGGCAAACUGGCUGAUCCCAAUGGUGCAAACAAUGCGCUAAGCCAGGUGCUCUACGGCCUGGCUCUCCGGCAUGGAUGGGGUUGUACACCCAAUCCCGACGAAGCCGUAACCUAUAUAUCCGCAGCAGCAGCCAACUCUGCGUUGAUCGAAGCAGAAGCUCUGCGCGCGGGAAUCAAAAAGGGCGGAGCCGCGAAAGGCGAGCUUGUGCUUGCGAUAUAUGAAUUGGCUAAUUGCUUCCGCAACGGUUGGGGUGUCGCCAAAGAUUCUGUCGCCGCUAGACAUUACUAUGAGACUGCAGCGAAUCUAGGAGACACGGACGCCAUGAAUGAGGCGGCUUGGUGCUUCUUGGAAGGAUUUGGAGGAAAAAAGGAUAGGUUCUCCACCGCCACUUUAUUUGCCUCAGGCUCCUGUGCUCGUGAGGCUGAAUCUGUCGUGGAUUUACCACUGGCCUAG